AUGAAUCUGAGCGAGCAAGCACUUCAACUCUACCAAUCAAUUUCCAACAAGUAUGAUAAGAACAGACAUCACCCUCAUCGUCUCUAUAUUGUCAACCCAAAUAUGAUUCAUCAUUGGGAAAGAAUAUUUACUGUGGAGAAGGAGAGAAACGAAACUAACCGAAACUCUGAAAAGUUGAUGGUGUUGAAUUUGGGUUGUGGAUCUGGAAAUGAUACUUGGGUUUUGUACAAUCAAUUCGAAUCUCAUAUUAAAUCAGUGAUUGGUGUGGACCUUUCGAAUGAUAUGAUUCAGUUGGCUAAUAAUUCGAAAGAGCAAGUGGAAAACUCUCUUUCAAAGAAAAUUCCUCUCGAAUUCAUAGUCGGUGAUGUUAUUAAAUUGAAUGAAAAUGAGCAAUUGAAGAAACUGUAUUACAAACAUUCGAAUAAGAACGAAACUAAACAAGAAAGUCCAGUAUUUGAUUUCGUAACUGCUUGCCACUUACUCCACUACUCAUCCGAUUAUGAAGAAUUAUGCAAAAUGUGCAAAUCAAUUUCUGGAAUGUUAAAACCUGGUGGAACUUUCCUCACCCUUAAUUCGAAUCCUUUCCUCAAUCAAGCACAAAUCAAUCAAGAUCAGAAAAAACUCGGAGUUUACAGAAGUAACUUCAUGAUAGAUUCAAAGGAACGAAACUAUCUCAUCGAUGGUGAUCAAUUCGAAAUUUCCAUCGAUUUGAAUUUCAAUGAAUUCGAUCAGAAUGAGAAUUUCAUUGUAAAGAUUCAAAAUCGAUACUUUUCACCUCAAAGUUAUGAGAAGGCACUCAAAUUGGCAGGUUUCUCCAAAGUUGUCUUUCACAAAUUAAGACUCGAUGAAAAGGAAUUAGGCGCCAAAGAAUACGGAAGAAAUUCGAUCGAUGUUUGCACUGCCAUUGUAAUUGAGGCAACCAAACAAGCAAAUUAA